AUCCCUCGCUGACGACAUCUCGCAAACACUCAUCCGUGCCCGCGACUUGCGCGACCGGUAUUGCUUGCACCGGGCACGCGGACAGCCCAUCCCAGACUCGGCGAGAAACGGGCGGAACAAACAGAAUCCUGUCUCGCUGAUAUUCAGAUUGCUGUAACAUCCUCAACUACCCCGCUCCGAAUAUUCCCUUGCGCGUCCCCCGCGCAGCACAGCAGUUCGUCAUGGACGACGACCAGAAGAUCUUGGAUAUUUCCAAGAAGAUCGAGCGCGAGAAGGCGCUUAUCAAUGCCGCAAAUCAUAUGCGGCAGAAAACGGACAAUGAGGCCGUCCGCUCCAAGCUCGACACCCAGAUGCGGGAGGGACGCAGAAACCUCGAGUUCUUUGAGGACAGGCUCCGCGAGCUGCAGAUGCGCCGUCUGGGCCAUUCGGUAGACAACAUGUCUCUAGGAGGCUCUACCCUGGGCGGGCCGGACCAGGGAGGAGACGAGGGCGGCCCCCCGGCACCACCUCCGAAGGAGUCGUCUGGCUAUGGGCAAUUUGGCCAGGGCGACCUGAUGCCCCCUCGCGGGCCGUACGCAGCGCCGCCGUCGAUGCCGAAGGCUCGGCCGAAUUUCACCAAACUCGACUUGAUCAAGUUCGACACGCCAUAUCUCGGUCCCCGGAUUCAGCUCAUGCUCUCCCAGAUCCAGUUUAAGCUCAAUGUGGAAGAACAGUACCUCAAAGGCAUCGAAAAGAUGGUGCAGCUCUAUCAGAUGGAGGGCGACAAGAAGAGCAAAGCCGACGCUGCCGCCCGGAGGAUUGAGAGUAGCCAGAAGAUUGUGCUACUGAAGCAGGCCCUGAAGAGAUACGAGGAGCUACACAUCGAUAUGGACGCAGAUUCCCCAGAUGACGAUUCGAUCAACAUGCCGAACUUGAGGAAACCGCUGACGGGUCAGCUUGCUAUUCGUAUCCUGGCGGUCAAAGACGUGGACCAUUCGCCCACAGGCCGCUUUUCUCGUGCUCCGGAGACGUUCGUGACGAUCAAAGUGGAGGAUAACAUUGUGGCAAGAACGAGAGCAUCGCGGAGCGACAGAUGGGAGGCUGAGCUCCAUAACAUCUUUGUCGACAAGGCGAACGAGGUGGAGCUGACGGUCUACGACAAGCCGGGGGAACAUGCACUGCCCAUUGGCUUGCUCUGGGUGAGACUAUCCGACAUCGUCGAAGAGCUCCGUCGGAAGAGGAUCGAGGCCGAAAUGAACACGACCGGUUGGGUAUCAGCAGACCGCAUGGGUUCUGCAUCGCGGAUGCCUCCGCCGCAGUUCCCCAUGGGUGCCCAGAGCCCCCAGUUCGCUGGACCGCCGACAUCUCCGGGGCCACAGCAAGGGGGGCCAGCAUUUACACCGCAGCCACCAGCUCAGGUCCCUGUUGUGUCUCAGCCGAUUGACGCGUGGUUCAACCUGGAGCCGACGGGACAGAUCCAGCUCAGUCUCAACUUCGUGAAGGAGAAUAAGGUCCCCCGGCCGAUGGACGCUGGUCUCAACCGUAAAGGUGCCGUCCGCCAGCGCAAGGAAGAGGUCCACGAGAUGUAUGGUCACAAGUUCGUCCAGCGUCAGUUCUACAACAUCAUGCGUUGCGCUCUCUGCGGCGACUUCCUCAAGUACUCGGCUGGCAUGCAGUGCGAUGACUGCAAGUAUACCUGCCACACCAAAUGCUACACGAGCGUCGUCACCAAGUGCAUUAGCAAGAGCAACGCCGAGACGGAUCCUGACGAGGAGAAGAUCAACCACCGGAUUCCUCAUCGCUUCCAGCCCUUCUCCAACCUCACGGCCAACUGGUGCUGCCACUGCGGUUAUAUGCUUCCAAUUGGCAAGAAGAACUCGAGGAGAUGCGUCGAAUGCACUCUUACUGCUCACGCCCAGUGCGUGCAUUUUAUACCAGACUUCUGCGGAAUGUCUAUGGCAGUGGCGAACCAAAUUCUCGAAGGUAUCCGGUCGACAAAGAAGACACGGCAAGAAAAGGCGACGUCUCUCAGCGAGCGGACUUUGCGACAAGGAAGUAAGGGGACGGCUGGUAGUGGCCAGUCAGGUGUCUCUUAUUCGCCCUCAUCGCAAAUGUCCCAGGUGACUUCGCCUGAGGCGACCGAAGCCGCCAAACUCAUGUACAACCAGACAUCACCGCCGCGAACUACUAGUUCCGACCGGAUGUCAACGACGUCGCCUACUGCGUCGGCCGCGGCAGCUGCGGCCAUGAGACCUUCCACCCCGGGUCAGCAACAGGCCAGCCAGAUUCCGGAUUUCGGUCCCGGGCAUUAUGGUACUGCCGGAUCCUACGGGCGCCCAACAUCGCAGGAGGAGAACCCGUAUGGCGCAUCACCGCAACAACAGCAGCCGUAUGGUCAGCCCCAACAACGCAAGUACAACCCGGCGGACUAUGCAAACAUCGGAGUGUACCCCGGCCAGCCGCCGGUCCAGGCGCGCCCUCAACAACAGACUCCCCAACAGCAGCAAUAUAUGCAGCAGCAGCAGCAGUACUACCAGCAGCAGCAGCCGCAACCGCAGGCGGUCGCAGCGCCCAAGCCGCAGGCCGCGCCUGCUCAAGCAGAACCGCAGGCGGUCGGUCCCUCCGGUGUUCCUAUCCCCGCUAAGAAGCCGAUGCCUUCGGCAACAGAUCCCGGCACUGGUCAACGGAUCGGCCUGGAUCACUUCAAUUUCCUGGCUGUGCUGGGCAAGGGCAACUUUGGCAAGGUCAUGUUGGCCGAGACGAAGCGGACUCGUAAGCUGUACGCUAUCAAGGUGCUCAAGAAGGAGUUCAUCAUCGAGAAUGAUGAGGUCGAAAGCAUCAAGUCGGAGAAGCGCGUCUUCCUGAUCGCUAACCGGGAACGUCACCCCUUCUUAACCACCCUGCAUGCCUGCUUCCAGACCGAGACGAGAGUCUACUUCGUCAUGGAGUACAUCAGUGGCGGUGACUUGAUGCUGCACAUUCAACGGGGACAAUUUGGCACCAAGCGGGCGCAGUAAGUUUCUGUUGUUGCUGCGCAAAUACCAGACGCGGUAGGACGUUCCUGACGUGGUGGUAGGUUUUACGCUGCCGAGGUCUGCUUGGCGCUCAAGUAUUUCCAUGAGAACGGCGUCAUCUACCGUGACUUGAAGCUCGACAACAUCCUGCUGACGCUCGACGGGCACAUCAAGAUCGCCGACUACGGUCUUUGC